CUCGCAAAGGUAUAAAGGAAGUCUCGAACAUGUCUGUGCGAUUCACAGGCGCAAAGCGACGCAUCCACAGGCAGAGAGCGCAGCUCACCGUGGGAGUUAAGGUGUAACUCACUUAGCGCGUCUGAACCCCUCAAAGACUGUUGUGUCCUCCUAACCUGCUCACAGAUCCACGCAUCGGCGACUGUGUAAACCACGUGGAGAAGUGAUUGGAGACGACCAAACAUCGAAUCACCAUGAGAUUAUCUCUCGGCCAAGCACCCCUUGCGCUGCUGUCAGUUUUUGCGAGCCUCACUGGAGUAACUUCAGCACCAUUCCGCUUCCAUCCUGACUUUGACGUCUUGGUGAAUCAUGCACAGGCGCUGCUAAAGGAAAGCAAGCAAGCUCUCCACCUUUUGAAAAAAGUGUCCAGCCUUGAAGGCGAACACAAGCUGGAGUCUCUGCCGGUUUUGGCGGCAAGUGCAACAGACAUGUCCAACAUACAAGUGAAAGCAACACUCUCCAAGCUGCUCUCCGACUUGCGCUCCUAUGAGAAGCAUAUAGAAUGGGUGAAAGCUACAAGUGAGAAACAUCAUCACGUCCAGCUUCCCAAAAUGCAUGCAGUUUUGUCACGGCUGCAGAACUUUGCUGGCAGUCUGGAGCACCAGAUAGUGAAGUUGGGACUUGUCCUACCAAAGACCCCUUCUCCAGCUCUUCCCCCUUUGAACUCCAAUACAUGGAGUGUCAUUCAGGCAUCACAUGCCAUUCUGCAAAACCUCCGCCUGUUCUCGGAUUGGGCAGUGCGAGCGCUGCUAGCCUUGACAGGGAAGGUAUGAUGGACCAAAGUACCUGGACCACAGAGGAACAGCACAGCAGAAACGAGAGGGCUGAAUAAAAUACUUGAAUGGACAAUAUUCACUUAUAGUUUCAAGUUGGAAAAACCUUUCAACUUGGCCAUGCACUGGUCUGAACAGUCAGGUAGGACAACGCCCUAUAUUACCUGACCAGUCAUGAGGGAGAGAUAUGGAAGACUCGGGUGACCCUCAAGACAAGGCAGAAGAAAUGACAUCCACUGUAGUCACCAAUCUAAAAAUGCCUGUGAGCUGCUUAAAUCUUCCUACUCUGUCUGGGCCAAUUGGACUCAGGUUCUGGGACCAUAUUGUAGGGGACAUAAAUGUGUCUUAUUUAAUAUUUAUUAUUAUUAUUAUUAUUAUU